AUGGAAGAAAAUAAUAAUAAUAAAAUUUACGGUACCUACGACCCUAGAACUAUAUUACCACCUCCACCUCCACCACCAGUCAAUGCUUAUUAUAACCCAUAUUACGAAUGUAAUAAUUUUGUUGAAGAACCUUUGCCCCCACCUCCACAAGAGAGACUCGAUACUGGUAUGGUAUAUAGAAAUGAUAAUUUAGUUAUGGGUGGAUAUAAUGACUAUAUGAAUAGUGAAAGUGAUGAAAUAUAUUUAAUUAAUCAUAACAACAUCGAAAAUAAUAAUCAUUGGUUAUCGUCAACAAAUACAACAAACAAUGCCCCUUAUUAUUACUACCCACAACAACAAUAUAUAUAUGGAGAACAACUAAGUAAAGGAACUGUAGAAGAUGAAAAAAACAACUUUAAAAUUCAACAACAACAAAAUUUUCAAAAUCAAUUUUAUAAUGAUGUACCACCACAAGAUUUCGUUAAUCAAGUUGCUGCUAGAAUUAAAGAAAUGGAUGUUGAAAAUAAUGUAGAAUCCGAUCAUCAAGAAGAUCCUGCAGAUGCCACCAUGUCAAUGCUAAUAUUACUAUUAGGUGUUUUCUUUUUUGUUCCUUUAUUCUUUUCUGUUCUAUAUUUAAAAUCUAAAGAUAAAUAUGCUAGAAGAUUUGCAUGGACCUCAUUCAUAUUGGCUUUUCUCUUUUUGUUUAUUAUCAUUCUUUCAACAUUUGGUUUUUUAAAUGUAAGUGAUAUUGAAUUUAUUUAA